GUACCGUGUGGAUUUUAACCGGGGCACGCGCAUGGAGGAAGACUGAGCUUCGACUUUUUGUUUUUACAAUUCUGCUGGGACACACCACAGGCAGCUGAAUUAUGGAACUCAAUCUUUCCAAGAAUGUCAUCUCUUGCGUGGGUGCAGGUGUCAUGAAUUUGGAGCGACUCUCCGAGGCCGCCGUCGCAGCGCGAGCCCACGCGAAUCCUCCUCCUCUUCCUCCUCCUCCUCCUCCUCCUCCUCAGGCGUCACGCGACGCGGGCCCCGCGUUCCACUUGCAGCCCCGAAGCUCCAACAUCAACACGACCGCUCGUGGGGGGACUUUGGAGCACUCGAGCAGCGAGUCUUCGGACGCGGAGUUGGCAGCAGAGAAGGAGCGAGGCCGCUGCGGCGCCGGCGGAGGCGGAGGCGCGGACGUGCGGAGCGACGAGGCGGGCGCGGACGACCCCAAGAAGAAGAAGCAGCGGCGGCAGCGCACGCACUUCACCAGCCAGCAGCUGCAGGAGCUCGAGGCCACCUUCCAGCGGAACCGCUACCCGGACAUGAGCACCCGGGAGGAGAUCGCCGUGUGGACCAACCUCACCGAGGCCAGAGUGCGGGUUUGGUUCAAGAACCGCCGCGCCAAGUGGCGCAAGCGCGAGCGUAACCAGCAGAUGGACUUGUGCAAGAACACGUACCUGCCGCAGUUCAGCGGCCUCAUGCAGCCCUACGACGACAUGUACCCGGCGGCGGCGGCGGCGGCCGCCUACACCUACAACAACUGGACCAACAAGGGCCUGCACGGCCCGGCGCCGCUGGCCACCAAGAACUUCCCCUUCUUCAACUCCAUGAGCCCGCUCACCACGCAGUCCAUGUUCUCGUCGUCGCCCGCCUGCGCCUCCAUCUCCGGCAUGAGCAUGCAGGCGGCGUCCGCCGGCAUGGCGCACUCGGGGGUGCCGGCCGUGGGCGCCCCGGGCCUCAACAACAUCGGCGGCUCGGGCCUCAACGGCGGCAUGUCGUCCGCGGCGUGCCCGUACGGAGCGCCGGGCUCGCCGUACGGCGUGUACCGGGAGACGUGCAACCCGGCCGGCCUGGCCACGCUCAGACUCAAGUCCAAACAGCACCACCCGGCGUUCGGCUACGGCCUGCAGAGUCCCGGAUCCGGCCUCAACGCCUGCCAGUACAACAGCUGACCCCACGGGCGGGGCCGAACUGCGCCCGACGCAACUCGACUGGAUUAGGGGCGAUCGUGCGGGUUUCGCGUUUACCGGCGCACCGCAACUCCUGUGCGUUUUGACGUCUUUCUCUUUGUUUAAUUACAGCGAAUUUUAGGGAGGGGAGGGAAAAAAACAAACAAACAAAAAAACAAAAAAAAAUCCAAAAAAGAAAUAAAAGAUGAAGACUUGUUACGCUGUACAUACAGCACAUGUAAAUAUUUACAAACUUAUACAAUAUUGGUCUUUUUGUGCUUGCUUGCUCGCUUUAGAGGACUUCAAAAUGUUUCAAUUUCAACGGAAGAAAAUAUAGCGUAUAUUGUGCAUAGACAAA